AUGAAGUUCAAGACUGCAAUGGAAUACACCCCAAGAUGUGCUACAACUGACCAAGAUCCAGCACUAAAAAUAGUCGUACCACAAAUUAUGCCAACAACAAGGCACAGAUUCUGUAUGUGGCACAUCAUGGCAAAAGUUGGGGAAAAAGUAGGGGUUGCAUUGUGGCACAACGCAGACUUCAAAAAGGAACUAAAUAACACCGUAUGGGAUGACACAUUAACAAUAGAUGAAUUUGAGAGGAGAUGGACAACACUAAUGAAGGACUACAAUCUUGAAGACCACCGGUGGUUUGCCCAACUCUACGAGGCACGUGCAUCGUGGAUACCUGCAUACUUCAACGACAUACUAAUGGGAGGUCUGCUAAGGACCACAUCACGGUCAGAAUCAGAAAACAACUACUUUGGUAAAUUUACAAACCACCACUGCAGCUUGGUAGAAUUCAUGGCACAAUACAAUAGUGCAAUUGGAGAACAGAGGCACAAACAAUCAAAACUCAACGCAGAAAAUGAAGGUUCGUACCCUGAAACUAAAACCCCUUUGAGUAUUGAGAAGCACGCUGCUAAAGUCUACACCGUAAACAUACUCUAUGAAUUUCAACAAGAGGUAUGGGAUGCGAGUUUCAGAUGCCACAUCACCGACAGAAAUAACCUAGGUGAUAUAUGGACUUAUCAAGUUGAAGAAACAGGUGGAAAAAGUUUUGAAGUAAUAGAAAUCCCAAGCAUGGAGCAAAUAGAGUGUGCAUGCAAGAACUUCAACCGUGUCGGUAUACUAUGCAGGCAUGUGAUACAAGUGAUGAAGACAAGAGGGUAUGAAACAAUCCCACAAAAGUAUAUUGUCCCACAGUGGACACGAGACGCAUGUGCACAGCCAUUAUACGACGUCCCAUGGGCAAAAAGAACAAAAAUUCCCAAGGCAACUGAAACAACAAAAGUUGCAAAUCAACUAUGGAAUGAAUUCUACAACUGCAUGGGAUUAGUGAAUGGUUGGCCAGACAAGAUGGACAAAAUGUUGGCAACAUUGCAACAACUCAAGAAAGACCUAGAAAACGAGAGGCAACACACACAAGGGCACGCCAACAACGAAUCUGUGUUUGAAACACUAGUCGGAUCAAGCAGACCGAGCGACAUACAAAUAAAACCACACAAAGUUGCAAAGAAAAAAGGGAGUGGGAAGAGACUCAAAAGCAACAGAGAGAAAGCCACCACGAACAACCAAAAGAAAAAAGAAAGAACAUGCAAUAUAUGCGAUCUCCCCGGGCACAACAGUCGCACCUGUCCGGAUAAACUUGCAUAA